AUGGACCAGGACGAUCCUGCGUUGAACUUCUUCCCGGAUGGAGAGGUGGAUCUGUAUGGCGCUCUGGGGCUCGAUUCAUCAGCUGGCUCAGAGGCGAUCAAAAAAGCUUACAAAAGGUCAGUUCGGCUCACGGCAAUCGGAGUGGGGUUACAGGUUGUCAUGAGGACCAGGCUGUGCUUGUAUGCGGUGGAUGGCGAGGGGGGAGACCAAAGCGGCGCGGAAAGUUGCUUCCCUUUACAUUGUGCCUCUCCCAAGCUGACACACGAGCAUACACUGGUCACACCCACGCCAAUGCCAACGCUCUCCACAGACUAGCGUUGCUACAUCAUCCCGACAAGUCCAAAGACGCCUCUUCCCACGCCCGUUUUCAACAGAUCGGGUUCGCCUAUGCCGUCCUCUCCGACUCUUCUCGCAAGAAACGGUACGAUGCGACGGGAAAGACGGAUGAGCUGAGAUUCGGAUUGGGUGAGGAUGGGGAAGGAAUGGACUGGGAUGAGUACUUUACCACGCUUUGGGAUGGAGAGGUGACGGGAGACAAGCUGAGAGAGUUCAAGGAAGGAUAUCAGGGUGAGUCGACGAUCGCCUCGAAUGCAUGCGUCGCAGAUGUUCUCAGAUGGACCCUGAUAAUAGCCCAUCUUGGUACGCCGAAGGCUCCGAGGAGGAGAAGCAAGACAUUUUGGAAGCGUACAGAUCAAAAAAAGGCGAUCUGCAAGAUAUCCUCAACGAGGUGCCUUGUCUCGAAAUCCUAGCAGACGAGCAGCGCGUCGUAGAUCUCAUCAACAGCAGCAUUCAAUCUGGCGAACUAGACUCGACCAAAGCGUGGCAAAGAUGGACAUCCAACGACAAGGGACGCAAGAGGAUGAGGGAGAAUGCGAAAAGGGAAGCGGGAGAAGCUGAACAGGCGGCUAGGGAGUUGGGGGUGUGGGAUGAAUUGUUUGGGAAUGGCAAGAGGGGAGAGAGGAGAAAGGGAAGAGGAAAUAAAGGGGAGGCGAAAGGGGAUGGGAAAGGACAUGAAGACGAUGACGAGGAGGAAGAAGAUGAGGAUGAGAAUGGUGUGGACAACUCCAAGAAGCGCAAGAGACCGAAUGGAGCGUCUGCAUCUGCAAAGACGAAGAAGCAAAAGGGACGCAAGGGCAAAGGUGCGAAAGAAGAAGAGGAGGAGCAAGACGACGAAAGGGACACGUCGAGUCUAGAAGCGCUCUUUGCAGCUCGACAGAAACAGCGCUCGGCAGGCUUCGACGAUGUGAUUUCGCGCAUCGAAGCUCGCGCAAGCGGGAGCAAGACGGGUGCGUCCGGCUCAAAAAGGAGCGUCAAGCACGAUGCAUCUGCCGCAUCCAAGAAGAAAUCAGUGGAUGCAAAGGGCAGACGAGGAACGCAAAGCUUGCCGGAUGAUCCGCUCGACGAUGCAGAGUUUGAACGCUUGCAGGCUGCAUUGUUCACAGACAAGGACAAGCAAAAGAGGGGCAGCACAAAGAAGACCAACUCCAAGUGA